AUGGAAAUGCACAGAAAGUUAUUGACUGAUCUCAAUGACUUUAUAAUAAAAGAUACCGAUACCACGUGUCAUGAGAAGUGGAAAUACCUUGUCAGCAAGGAGUUACACAAAAGUAUGGAAAAAAUAAAAGACCGAUCAGUUCUGAUAGACUUCGAUGACCUCGAGGCUUUGGGCAAGUUGUUUCCCGGGGAUUAUCGUGUUCUACAUAACAUCAUUGACAAGUUAGAUGUGAGAGCAACAGAACGUAUACAACAAACAGAAGAGUUGAUGAACGAGAGAUACUUAGGAAUAUCAGCUUUCUUAAAACAAUGGUAUCCAGACUACGAGGAUUCCACUACUUUUUUCAAGCAAACGUUGUAUUAUAUUUCGUUCUCGGUAAACCUCCACUACGAUGACAUAUUUGAAGAAAACAGACAGGGAUCAUUUGGAAAACUUAAAGCAGCUUCUUCUGACGCCUACAGUCCUGAUCUUUUUGACACUGGAUACAAUUUCCUCAUAAGUGAGAGUGGAAACAUUUACGAAGACAGGGGGUGGAACCGAGAGGGGAAGUCAGGGAAUGGAUUAGAUGUUUGCUUCUUGGGCUCAGACACACUCCAAACAAAAAAGAUAACUCAGGCAGCUGCACGAGCUUUAGAGGAUCUCCUUACUUUUGGUCUAUUCAAAGGAUAUUUCUCACGUGAUUUCACAAUGCAAUUCGUGACCCCAGGGAAUGCAAAAAGGAACAAUUCGUUUCCAGAGGAACAUAUUCGGAAACGACCGAGGCGCUGAAACUUCGGCAGGGAGGUACUUCCGUACGAUUCUAUAUCUGGAGACUAACACUUUUACUUCAUAGGGAUGGGCAAAAAGUCAUACCGUGAAAGAUUUUAAUGACUUGAUACAUGAAUAUUUACAAUUAGAUCAGA